AUGCUGCCACAGAGAAAAAAAUCCUCAAACAGCCUUUCCUUUUCGACUAGAGAAAUAUGGAACGAAUGGGAAAAACGAAGAAAUAUUGAUAUUCUCCAAACUUCACAAAAACGGCAAACGAAAAAUCGAAGCGGCACAGGAUUCGCUUUUUCCAUCUAUCAAGAGGCUAGCGAAUCGGAAGUGGAUACGGAAAUAAAUAUCACUGCCUUUCUCUUUUCUUCAAAUCAAAACGGAAAACGAAAAAGAAAAGCUUCCCGUCGAACGUACGCAUGA